GUCUGACCCCGGCGCUCUUCUCUCGAUUGCUCGUGGCUGGCUGACUUGUUGGAACAUGGCGGCGACACCAGCGACGAACCCCUCACAGCUGCUCCCUCUGGAGCUGGUGGACAAAUGUAUCGGCUCCAGAAUCCACAUCGUGAUGAAGACGGACAAGGAGAUCGUGGGGACGCUGCUGGGCUUCGACGACUUUGUCAACAUGGUGCUGGAGGACGUGACCGAGUUUGAAAUCACGCCUGAGGGACGGAGGAUCACCAAGCUGGACCAGAUUCUGCUGAACGGAAACAACAUCACCAUGCUGAUUCCCGGAGGCGAGGGACCUGAGGUGUAGCCGCCUCCCACCAUCCUUAGUAAUGACCCUCCAGACAAGAGUGUUUUUGUUUGUGCCACGGAAGAAUGGCCUUUUUCUUUUUUAAUAAACUCAUUUGCAGUCAAACAAGGUUUUAUAACUCCUUCCUGCCACCCAGCAGGUGGCAACCCAUCAGUACAUGGAAGACUUCUCCUCUCCUUUUGGGUUGGUCACCUUCUCAAAGUUUUUGGACACGACGUCGUAGAGUUCGCUCUGAAAGAGUGUGGAGGUCAGAGGUCAGCUGGGCUGCUGCUCAGCGUGACGCUGAAGGUGAACUCACGUAGUAGCCCCGGAUGUCCAUGAGCAUGAUGAAGAGCUCGCUGCGCAUGGCCUCGUCCUUCUCGUGCACCAGGGAGCGAUAGUCCAUCUGCAGGACCGACAAAGAGCUGACCGUCAAAGUCUGGACCGCCGGCCACUCAGACAGGGGGUCAUAAUGUUUUGGCUCACUGUUCUGAGAGUCAAAGUUAUCAGAAGAGAAAGACUCACCACGUGAGUGUCUUUAGAAGCUUUGGCCACAGCAUCACCUCGCUCAGAGAAAUACCUGCCAGAACAGACUCACCACAGUCAGACUCACCACAGAGUCAGACUCACCAGAGUCAGACUCACUAGAGUCAGUCACCACAGUCAGACUCACCACAGUUUGACUCACCACAGUCACACUCACUAGAGUCAGAAUCACUACAGUCAGAGUCACCACUCACGACGGUGCGAGUCACUACAGUCAGAGUUGCUCCAGUCCGUGUGCUUGGGAGCGUACUUGUUGAUGUUGGUCUGGAAGGUCUCGGCCUUGGUCUUCACGGCGGUGAUACGUUCCAGAAUCUUCUCCUGUGGUGGGUCCAGGUGCUCAGACUCGGCAGUGACACGUGGCGGCAGCAGACAGGAGACUCACCUGGACGGCGACGCCAAAGUCAUUUCCGUCUUCGAUCUUGGGAAUCAGGUGAAGAAUCCAGCAGCUCACCUGCGGCGCAGAGUUGAGGAGGAUGUGUGUUUGAUCCUGACAGCAUGUAGACUGUCACUGUAAAAGCCUCAGGAACACAGAGUCCUGGGUGUGCGAUGACGGUGAGGAUGAGGGAGACUCACGGUGACGAUGGUCUCUCUCAGCUCCACCACCUCUGGCUUGACCUUCUCCAGCAGCGCCUGAAUGGUCUGGUUCCCUGGGAUGAAGCCGCACUUGGGAGCUGGACACAGAAAGGAGUCGGGUCAAGUCGGCGGGUCUGGGGGGGAGUGGCCUCA